AUGCUCUUCCUAUGUUCCUUCCUGGAUCGUACAAAUGUCGGCAAUGCGAAGAUACUCGGCCUCGAGGACGACCUCAACAUCACUGGUCAUCAAUAUGAUAUAGGCUUGGCAGUUUUCUAUCUGACCUACAUAUGCAGCGAACUCCCGAGUAACCUCGUCCUGAAGAAGGCAUCACCAAAGAUUUGGCUUCCAUUGCUCACCAUGGUUUGGGGUGUCGUUACUAUGUGCCUUGGCUUUGUUCGCAAUUUUGCGGGGUUUGUAGCUGUCCGUGCUAUUCUGGGCGUUGCAGAGGGGGGAUUGCUCCCUGGGAUGGUACUGUAUCUAUCAUUCUUCUACAGACGAGGGGACCUAGCCUUACGCAUUGGAUUGUUUUACACUGCUGCAUCAUUGUCUGGUGCUUUUGGAGUAUUCGUGGCUUUUAUUUCGGACCGCUUGAAGCUGCGAGGUCCUAUUAUGCUUUUCACUCUGCCUAUUGCCAUUGCAGGGUACGCAGCGAUUGCCAAUAUUCAGUCUGCCAAAAUCAAGUAUGCAAUGACCUUCCUUAUGGCUACUGGGAUGUAUAGUAGCGUCCCAUGUAUUCUGGUGUGGAAUACAAAUAACUCAGCUGGACACUAUAAACGUGCCACAACGUCAGCGAUGCAGCUGACUAUCGCUAACUGCGGUGGUUUCGUUGCUACGUUCAACUAUCCUGACAAGGACAAACCCCAGUAUCACCUUGGUCACACCAUCAUCCUAGGCCUCCUUGUUUUUGCGUGGUUCAUGUAUGGAGAUUACCCCGUGUACCCCGAGGAACCCACCGUGGGUACUUCGGCAUAUCAAUCGAGCCUCUAUGACACUUGGGAUCCCAACUGGAGAGGCUUUAUUGGGACGGCCUUUAUCAUCGCCUUGGAGGAGUUUCCCCAUCUGGUCAACCCGGACAUGACAGUACUUAUGCUGGAAUCCCUUUACAAUUGCACCAUUGGAGAUGCGUAUCGAGUUGGAGGAGUUGACGGGGACAAUCUGUAUCCCUCGUAUACUAACCCGGCAUUAAUGAGAGCCAUUGUAAGUGGUUGGACCGGCGAUAAAUACGCAGAUGCCAACAUGACGCUGGCGGGUGAGAAUUAUGCGAAUGAGGUUAUUGGUCUUUUUGAUCGAGCCGAGACCCUAUCAGAGUUCAACAGUGCAACGUAUACUGGCGUCUCUUUGAUUGCGCUGACGAUGUGGACAAAGUACGCCGCCGAGAGCUCUGUGAUGAAAGCAAAAGGAAAGGAAAUCCUACAAGCUACAUGGAAUAACAUCGGCCAAUUAUAUCACGCAGAGCUCAAGAAUCUUGCGGGUCCAUGGGACCGCUCCUAUGGAUUCGACAUGCAGAAAUAUUUCGGAAUUAUGUCUGCACAUAUUUGGACCCUUGUUGGGAAGGAAACCUCACCCGUUAUUGACAAGGUCUACAUGAUGUCUCAUAACGCUGACUUUGCCAUUUCUCCGCUUGUGGCUAUACUCUCGAGCUUUCAUAACUCCUUGGUCCCGGCUACGGCAGUAGAUGCUCUAAGGACCUUCCCUGGAGAGCACAUGGUCAGCACAUCAGCACAGUCAAUCCCGUAUGAUUAUUUCCCCCGGAACAUCAGUGCGUGGCUAGGAGAAAAGAUAAGUAUCGGAGCAGAAAGUUUCAAUGAGACUGUUAUAGGGGGCCCGGCUAUGAAUCCGUCUACAUUUAACUCGGCGGUGGUCCAGUGGGAUACUGGAGCUGGAAUUGGCUGGAUUACAUUAUACGCAACAGAGCAAGCUCUCGACGCAGUCGUUGGACCGGGUUAUCUUAACCUAACCUAUCCUCAGGGAACGUCAGACUCUCAGUUCCAAUUCUUAGUCUCCCCGUUUACCCAGAAGAAAGAUGUUGCUGGCUGGGAAGAUCUUGUAGGAUUGAAUGUCAGGUUGUCCGGCACUUUCGACCCAAAGCUGAGUGUAUCAUAUAGUGCAAGCGAUGCUACCAUAAAUGACUUCAUGUACUGGAACCUCACCUACUCAAUGCCAGUGAAUAGUACUGCAGUUCCAAAUAUAUUGCUGGAGGUGAAUUUGGCGUGA